AACACUGGUGGACCCUCUGUCUUUAUGUGGUGUACGACGGUAUGCGUCGGUUUGUCGUGUUUGAAACUCGGUUGUAAUAAGUCUGGAAACUGAUUAAGUAAAUUGACGUAUUUGUCGUCCUCGUGAUGAGGUUUAACUAAUAAAUGUAUGGAAGUCUCAUUUGAUAUAAUUCCUCUAAUUUCCUUACUCUGUUCGGCAAAGACAAGUUUCCUAUUUCUGACGUCUACCAGUAUUUUGUGGAAUUACAGAAAAUCAAUGCCGAUUAUAGGAACGAGGACGUCCGCUAUGAUGAAACUCCAUGAAAAAUUAGAUUUAGGACCGAAAUUUAAUUGUAACCGCCUUUUGCCGUACGUCUUGAUGUCAGACCUGUUUGCUGCUUGUAGUUUUAGUUUGGGGUCAGGUGUGUUUUUCUCGAGUGCAGUAGGUGGCACUACACUAACCUCUGCCCCAGUGUCGACUAAAAACUGUGUGUCGGUUCUUUUGUCUGUAACAUAUAAUAGACGACUGUCUUGAGAGUUGUGGUCAGUGAGUGCAGUCGUCAUUAACCGGCGGUCUUGACGUCCCUUUUUCUGUGUGCUUGCAAAGUUACAAGGCGGAGUACAUUUUCUAGCUUGUUUGCCAUAUGUUCUAUGGUACCAACAAAUGUUGUGUCUAGUAGUGCUUGGACUACGUCGUCUAGGGCUUGUGGAUGUUCCUCUACGCUUACUGUGGAAGGCAUUCAAUAAUUGGAUCUGAGCUAUCUGUUUGGUAAGGGUAUCAACUGAUCAUCGUAACUCGGCGAUCUCGUCAGUUGAGCCUGAUUGGAUUUGAGAUACAGGGUGAGUCUUAGACCGUUCGUAAAUUCUGUCGGCUAUGUCUGCUAGCCUAUCAAAAUCGACGUCUUCGUCUCCAAUUGCAAGUAUCUGUUGAAUGUUUUGAGGGAGACGUCUGAGCCACAAUUGAUAUAGUAGACGUUUGUCUACUGUACGAUUUCUUAAUAAGUUUGUCAUGUGGCGAUUUAACUGUGAUGGUGUAUUGUCACCUAGCUCCACGUUGGCUAAAAGUUGAUCAAUUGUUAGUUGGUCGGUGAGAGAUGUGACUCGAAUGACCUCUCUUUUUAGACAAUCGAAUGGUGAGUCAGGAUCCGGCUUAAAAAUGAUAUCAGGCACUUGUUCAAUGACGACAUCCGCCAGCAGUGAGUUUGCGUAACUAAAUUUCGUACUCUGAUUUGUGAUUUUGUUUGCAACAAAAAAGCUUUCUAAGCGAGAAAACCCGAGUUCAGCCUUUCGUGGAUUAAAAAUAGGUAAAAGUACAGAAAUGGCACCCAUGGAAAUAGAUUUAGAUGAUAGGCUUAGCGAACUAUCAACUGACAUGGUACGAAGGAGCAAUAAUAAUAAAAAACUGAGGUUUGAAAUAUAAAAUAUGAAGAAAUCAAAAAUAACAACAAAAAAUAUAUAAGACUCACAGAAAAGAAAAAUUGUCACUUUGGGUAUAUAAAUGAGAAUAUACAGUAAUAAUUCCAAAGGAACAAUGUUAUGGAUGGAUUUAUUAUGACUGUCAAUGGAUUGUUAUUAAUUAUAAUAAUAAUUCCAAUAUGAAGUCCUUUAUGAUACGCUUGAGGAGAAUGCAGCAGACUUUGUAGGAAAAUGGUACGCGUUCUAAAGGUGGGUCACCAAUAUGUUGAGGCUAAUGUCCUCAAUAAACGAAAAUGGUGAGAGGUUUGCAAAUCUAUGUGCCUUCAAUAAACUGGUCAUAGGCGGCACCAUAUUUCCACAUAAACGCAUACACAAAACCACAUGGACUUCAUCGGGUCACACCACGCAAAACCAAAUCGACCAUAUCUGCAUCAACAAAACGUUCAGGAGGACGAUGGAAGACGUGAGAACCAAGAGAGGAGCUGAUAUAGCAUCAGAUCAUCACUUGCUGGUCGCCAAGAUGAAAUUGAAACUCAAUAAGUACUGGACAAUGGGGCGGACAAUAUCACAAAAGUUCAAUACGGCCUUUCUUCAGGACACUAACAAACUCAACAAAUUCAAGAUAGUCCUAAGCAACAAGUUCCAGGCCUUUCAUGAUCUACUCAAUGGAGAAGGAACUACUAUGGAGAGCAACUGGAAGGGGAUCAAAGGGGCAAUCACUUCAACAUGUCAUGAGGUCCUGGGCCACGAGAAACACCAUCAAAAGGAAUGGAUCACUGUCGAUACACUGGAUAAGAUUCAAGAAAAGAGGAACAAGAAGGCAGCAAUCAAUACCAACCGAACAAGAGCAGAAAAAGCCAAGGCACAAGCUGAAUACACAGAAGUUAACAAACAAGUGAAAAGGAGCAUCAGAACUGACAAACGUAAAUAUGUGGAAGAUUUAGCAACGACGGCGAAAAAGGCUGCAAGAGGAGGAAACAUGAGACAACUGUAUGACACGACAACGAAACUCUCUGGAAAUCGCCGCAAACCAGAACGACCAGUGAGAAGCAAGGAGGGCGAGGUAAUCACCAACAUUGAAGAGCAACGAAACAGGUGGGUAGAACACUUCAAAGAACUCUUGAAUCGACCAGCUCCACUGAACCCACCCAACAUCGAAGCAGCACCCACGGACCUCCCAAUCAAUGUUGGCCCACCAACAAUUGAAGAAAUCAGCAUGGCCAUCAGACAAAUCAAGAGUGGCAAAGCAGCAGGACCAGACAACAUUCCCGCAGAGGCACUGAAAGCAGACGCAGCGGCAACUGCAAGGAUACUUCACAUUCUCUUCAAUAAGAUUUGGGAUGAGGAACAAGUACCAACAGACUGGAAAGAAGGACUUCUGAUCAAAAUACCGAAGAAAGGCGAUCUCAGCAAGUGUGAUAACUACAGGGGCAUCACUCUUCUCUCAAUACCGGGAAAAGUCUUCAACAGGGUAUUGUUAAACAGGAUGAAGGACUGCGUAGACGCCCAACUUCGAGACCAACAGGCAGGAUUCCGUAAGGAUAGAUCGUCUACAGACCGAAUCGCAACUCUACGGAUCAUUGUGGAACAAUAAAUUGAGUGAAAUUCUUCACUCUUCAUCAAGUACAUUGACUACGAAAAGGCAUUUGAUAGCAUGGACAGGACAACACUAUGGAAACUUCUUCGAUACUACGGCGUGCCUCAGAAGAUAGUCAACAUCAUACGGAAUUCAUAUGAUGGAUUUAACUGCGAAAUUGUUCGUGGAGGACAGUUGACAAAGUCGUUCGAAAUAAAGACCGAUGUCACGCAUGGUUGCUUACUUUCACCCUUUCUCUUUCCCCUGGUGAUCGACUGGAUCAUGAAGACGUCAACAUCUGAAGGGAAACGUGGGAUACAAUGGAUAUCUAGGAUGCAGCUGGACGACCUAGACUUCGCAGAUGAUCUGGCCCUUCUAUCCCAAACGGAACAACAAAUGCGGGAGGAGACGUCCAGUGUAGCAGCAGCCCCAGCAGCAGUAGGUCUCAAUAUACACAAAGAGAAAAGCAGGAUUCUCCGAUACAACACAGCAUACACCAAUCCAAUCACAAUUGACGGGGAGGCUUUGGAAGAUGUAAAAACCUUUACAUAUCUGGGCAGCAUCAUUGAUGAACAGGGUGGAUCUGAUGCAGAUGUGAAGGGGCGGAUCGGCAAAGCAAGAGCAGCACAUUUACAACUGAGGAACAUCUGGAACUCAAAGCGACUGUCCACAAGCCAACACCAAGGUCAGGAUUUUCAAUACAAAUGUCAAAACAGUUCUACUGUAUGGGGCGGAAACCUGGAAAACUACGAAAGCCAUCAUCCAGAAGAUACAAAUGUUUAUUAACAGUUGUCUAGUCAUUGGAGUAAAAGCUUGUUACCGACUUAGUGUUUACUGACUGAACAUUGAAUAGUUCGUUGAGUAUAAUAAUAAUAAAGAGGUGUUUCUCUUGCAGGUGGAGAGGUAAAAUAUUAGAAAUAUAUCCUCAACAAAACAUGAGCAUUUUUCGGCUGUUCGUUUGAUCAGUUGGCAAAUAUUCUGGUCAUAUUCUAGAGAUGGAAUUCUAGAAACUAAAAAAUAUUCACAUUCAAUAUCUAUGUAUAUAAUAAAGUGUUAUAACUUGUGAUCGCCUAUUAGAGGGCAGUGACGUAUCGAUCGAACCAAGGACGCGUAAACACAUGCGAGCAGUCUAGAGUCCUGAUUGGUCCUCAGAUGGACCCCAAAAUUACUAUUCAUUAUUCUUGACGGGAUAUAACACACCCAUUUUUUGAAGAUCCGGAGUUGAUAUCCGGAUUUUAAAUUUUCCGAGUCCAUCCUCCACCGCGAAAUAAUGUUGGAUCCUCAUAUACCCAAGUUACAAUUAAUUUGACCAUAUUUAAAACAUAUUGAACAGAGAAUCCAGUAAAAUUGACCAGAUAGUUAGGAUAAACGCCAUUUAAUUCGAAGUCAUCAGAGUUCGAAUAUUCUGAGAUACUGUUAUCAAUUUUAUUGGGAGCCUCAUUUGUAAAUAAUGGAUCAUAAAGGUAAUCAGCACCUAUCAAAAUUGUAUUAAGUUUCUGAUCAUUAUUUGAUGCAUGUGACUUAUUUCCUGGUAAAAGAGAAUCUCGAUAAUUAGGUUCGUCAGAAACCUCUGUCGCAGAAUGAUGAGAUCCAUUUGGAGCAGCCGCAUUCAGUGUACUGCUCGAUUUGUUUUCUGUUUGAUACGCGGUUAUUGCGACAAUUCUAUGAACAUUUAACAGGGCGUCUGUUUUUGAGCUGGAUAAGUCACUGUCUGCACAUGCUUUUACGGGGAUCUUUAAUACAAACGUCAAGACAGUUCUACUGUACGGAUCUGAAACUUAGAGAACUACUACAACCAUCAUCAACAAGGUACAAGUAUUUAUAAAUAGCUGUCUACACAGGAUAUUGAAUGUUCAUUGACUGAAUGCUAUCCGCAACAGCCUACUGUGGCAAAUAACAAACCAUAUUCCAUUUGAAAAGAAAAAUAGGAAAGAGGUGAAUAGGACAUACAUUACGGAAAUCAUCAAACUUCAUUACGAAACAAAUGAUAACUUGAAAUCUUGAAAGGCGACAGAAAAGUAGAAGACUAAAGCAUAUACUACACCGGGAAAGUGAAUCAGACAUUGUAAGCCAUUAGAAACAACUGUAAAUGUUUUUACAAGACAAAGUUGGAUGAAGAGUGUUGGAUUCUCCCUAUUCAAACCAAAAAGAAAAAAGAAAAAAAGAAAAGUAUCAUUUGAAGAAAAAAUGGUUUUAGAAUUUGGUCUUGGUUUUAUAGAUCGUUUAACUGGUGCAAAAACGACUGCCUAUACACAUUUAGAAGAUUUAGCUGAUAGAUUAAAUCAUUUUAUUAGUUGUGUUAUAAUAUUAAUGUUAUCUGGUGUAACAAUGGCUAAUGUAUAUUUUCUUAGACCAAUUUCAUGUACAUUACCAACAUCACCAGAUAAUAAAUUUAAUGAAUUUGCUGAAUCUGUAUGUUGGGUACGUGGUACAAUAGCAAUACGUGAAAAUGAUCAAAUGCCAUUAACAGAUGAAGAUUGGGAUCAAUUACGUGAUAAAGCUGAUAUGUCCUUCUAUCAAUGGGUUCCAUUCUGUUUAUCAAUACAAGCCAUGUUAUUUUUUAUACCACAUAUUAUAUGGCAAUCAUUAGCAACACAUUUAUUAGGUGAAAAUUUAGAAUCUAUAUUAGAUAUGGCAUAUAAAGCAAAUACAGCAGAUGAUUAUAUAAAACGUCAAAAAUUUGUUGAAUCAGCUGCAUAUCAAUUAUUUCGUUUAAGUUGUCAACAUUAUAAUAAUCAUAAUCAUCCAUUAACAAAAUGGUCAAAAAUUCAACAAAAAUAUUCAAACUACUCAAUAAGUAGUUUAUUUAUUAUUGGUAAACAUAUUGGUAAUUAUAUAUCAAUCAUAUAUAUUAUCAUUAAAUUAUUAUAUUUAAUGAAUUUAAUUGGACAAUUAUAUAUUAUCAAAACAUUAUUAGGUUACCAUGGUAACUUGUAUCAUUUUGGUAAUCAAUUAAUAUUAACUUUAAAAUCAAAACAUGAAUGGAUUGAAAGUGAAUUUUUCCCAAGGCAAACAUAUUGUCCAAUACAAGUACGUCAUCUUGGUACUAAAAAUAAUUUAUUUACAGCAAUUUGUGCAUUACCAGUAAAUAUGUUCAAUGAAAAAAUUUAUAUAUUUUUAUGGUUAUGGAUAUUAUUUGUAACAAUGAUUACAAUUAUUAGUAUCAUUAAUUGGGUAAUACGUUUUAUUAUCAAAAAUUGUCAAACUACUUAUAUACAACAUUAUUUAGUAGUAUCUAUACAAUCACAAUUAUUAGAUAAAUAUUUUAAUCAUUCAUUUGAUUGUGAUGGUUGUAAUAUACAAUUAAAUGAUAUACGUAUACAUCAAUUUAUUAAAAAAUUUAUUAAAAAUGAUGGUUAUUUUUUAAUACAUAUGUUACGUGAUAAUAUUGGUGAUAUAAUCACUGGGGAAAUAUUAAAUCAAUGGUGGCAUAUGUUUAUUGAUUAUCAUAAAGCAUAUAUAAAUAGAGAGAAACAAUUAAAACAGAAUGAGCAUAAUAAUAAUAAUAAUAAAGGGAAACAAUAUGAUUAUAUGAAUAUAACAUUAGAUAAUGAUACAAUAUUAAAUCCUAAUUCAGAUCAAUCCAAUGGCAAUUUUGUUUAAAGCAAUGCAAUGCUCAUAGUUACCAUAGAAACCAAAACAACACCAACAACAACAAAUGAAAUGGUGGUAACUUUGUUUAAAUUAGAUAUAAUUUUCUAUAUGGAAUACAACUAUGAUUAGGUGAAUAGAUCAUGAUCAACUUUGUUUUUGUUUUUUUCUUUUUUAUGAAUGUCAUCAAAUUUUUUGUUAAAUGAAUUAUGUAACCAUGUACAACUGAAAACAAUCAUGUACUGAUCAUUUUAUGUCAUUUCAUAAAAUCAAAAAAAUUUUAUUUCCUUUGAGAAAA